CGUAAACAUCUGAUAAAGGACCCACGCUUCACUUUAUGGCCUUGUGUACAAAAAGUCAAGGACUCAUUUGCGCCAUCACUGUUCUACCUAAAGGAGCACUUUCAAACUUUUCUAAACUUAUGUGCACUGUACUUAACUUUUUCAUUGUUUCGUAUUUUAUAUGAGUAGCUAGGUUUUUUUCAAGUACAGCCACCUUAAAGAUUUUCGUCGAGCGAAUAUAUCCAAUAAAAAGUAAGUGGUUUUAAUUUUAUUACAAAGUUAAAUUAUUAAACUGGGUUUAGAACAUUGCCUUAUGUAUACAUAAUAAAUUUCAUAAGAUUAUAAAAUGCUCUUUGAGUACGGCUAUUGUUUGUUUGGGAUUUUGAGUUUGGAUGAGUAUGGGAAAAAGUGCAAUAUAAAAUGAAUGAAAGUAAAAUAAUUAUUUUGAUUUUUUGCCUUCUUUUUAAGGACAUGUAAUUUUGAAAUAAAGUAGAAGAUAUUUAUGUAAUAUAUCACAAACGAGACCGAGUUUAUUAUCUGUAGUGAUUUGAAACGCGACAAAUGAAAAACGAAGCUGGCGUUAUAUAGUUAUCAUUCAUUAUUCUUUGUAGUCACUAUAUUUUGGUUGUAAUUUAGAAUUAAAGUAAACUCUUUUCUUCUAUUUAGAAAUAUGUUGAUUUCAAGAAAAGGUUGUGAUCUUUUCAUGUUGUUUCUGAGCUUAUCAGUGGGAUGUGAAAGUGAAAGUUUGAUGAAUUACGGUAUGAAGUUUUAAUAUCCGCGGUAAAUUAUCUUUUAAAAGGUCUAUUAGAUGUCAUCUAUCAUAUAGGCCCUAUGUUGAGACGUAAUUAAUUCUAAAUGUAUUAAAAACGGAGUCAGUUUAUUGAUUCUGCAUGAUAUACAACUAUCCAGUAUAAAUAAAGUUAGUUUAGUUUAGGUUUCCUCCUGUAGUAACACUGGAUCAAUAAGGGAUGAUCCUUACUGGCCUCUAGGAAGAAUAGUUUAGAACUGAUAGAGCUAUCCAGUUUAAAUAAAGUUAAUUUAGUUUAGGUUUUCUCCUGUAGUAACACUGGAUCAAUGAGAGAUGAUCCUUACUGGACCUCUAGGGAGAACAGUUUAGAACUGAUAGAGCUAUCCAGUAUAAAUAAAGUUAAUUUAGUUUAGGUUUCCUCCUGUAGUAACACUGGAUCAAUAAGAGAUCAUCCUUACUGGACCUCUAGGGAGAACAGUUUAGAACUGAUGAAGAUGGUUUGGUUUUGUUUGAAAAAUAAUUACUCUUUUUUAGGUUGUAUUCCACGGUUGAUAGACGUGACACGUGUGCACUUUCCCACUGAAAAUUUUACUAAUGCAAAUGUUACAAAACUGAAUGUAGCGAACGUAGAACAUCCAGAAUUUUUCAGUGUGUUCCCGUUUCCAAGAACGCCAGUCACGGUUGCUGAUUGUCUUCUUGAUGACCCAGUUAAAUGGAUAGGAUUAAAAGUAGGUAGUUUUCCUCGACUGUUACUGAACAGUUUAAUGAGUUUUUCAUAUUCAUAAGCUGUCAGAUAUAACUGCAAUAAUUAUACAAUUCAUUUCUUCCCCUUUCGCCAUAUAGAAACCCGUAGUAUUGAAAGGCUGCCAAUUCUUCAAUCAGGCAUUAAAAUGGAGUCUUCCCUACUUAUCCAAAGAACUGACAGAUGAAUAUGGCGUGUCUGUAUCAAAUUCUAGGAAAUUUCUUUAUUAUGAUAGCACUGUUGAUUAUCAGAAUUACGAGAAAGCUGGCUGGAGACCGCCCUAUAGAAUCCAAUACAACAGCCUUGAGGAAUUUUUGGAAAUUGCUUCCGAACUUUCCAGUAUGAACAAUGGAACACAUGCUUAUUUUCAGGUAUAUAAAAACUGUAUAAAUAAAGUUAGUUUAUGAUCCUUACUGGACCUCCAGGGAAAACAGUUUAGAACUGAUAGAGCUAUACAGCAUAUUAAAUAAAGUUAGUUUAGCUUAGGUUUCCUCCUGUAGUAACAAUGGAUCUAUAAGAGAUGAUCGUUGUUGGACCUCUAGGAAGAACAGUUUAGAACUGCUACAGCUAUCGAGUAUAGACAAAGUUAGCCUAGUUUUGGGUUACUUAACUUGUAGGGAGAGCAGUUUAGAAUUAACUGUCAGACUUGUCUCAUUCCUAGACUUUGCUUCUUAACGAAGACCGUAACACAUCUGUCAAAAGUGAUCUCAAUAAUUUCGACUACAACUGGUUACUUCAUGUUGCAUUCGAGCUUGGCUGGAGUACCAAUGUUCUUAAUAUGUUAUUCGUUGGUAUGCCUAACGUUGUAACACCGUUACACUACGAUAUCAUGCAAAACGUAUUUAUACAGGUAGGAAUCUUUGAACUUUUCUCUGGUACAUGCCUUCCUUGAAUUUCUUGAAUUUCCUUGAAUUUGAAAUAAGUCCCGUCCUGGGAAGUUCUUGAAAAUUACUGCAGUCCUUGAAGGUCCUGGAAUCCCUUUCGAGCUGUGCUGAUAAUAGUUGAACAUUAUUUAUAGAUUACUGGUUUUGAAUAAAUAGUGAUGUUUCAAAAAAGAAAAUCUGUGCCAUUUGGAAAGACAUUUCUAUAGGUUUAGGCCCUCGGAUUUUCUGAAAAACGUCUUCCAAAGUCCUGGAAUUUCAUCUGGAAACCAGGGCCAUAUCUUAGUUGUCUUUCCCCCCUUUGGGUGUUCACCUAUUCUUCAGACAACCUUUCCUAAAAAAUAAAAAUUUUUCUUUUAGCUGCAAGGGAAGAAGCGUUUCAUCCUAUUCGGUCCUGAUCAAUCCACCAAUCUGUACCCCCACCCAGUCGGACACCCUCAUGAUCGCCAGUCGCAAGUUGAUUUAGACAAGCCAGAUUAUGAAAGAUUUCCAAAGUUCCGGAAUGUUGAAGCCCUCGAGGCAAUCCUAGAACCAGGAGAUGUCUUGUAUGUCCCCACGAAUUGGUGGCAUCAUGUUGAAUCCAAUAAAAACAAGUAGGUUAUAUUUUUUGAAACUUUAGGUAUCUCAAAUGACAGUUUAAUACUACCUACACUGGACCACCACGUUUAAUAUAUCUUUUUCACGUAGUUCAGACACAAACCACGACAGCUGCUUAUUACAGAAUACUACCUACACUGGACCACCACGUUUGAGAUACCUGUAUCUUUUUCAGGUAGUUCGGACACAAACCACGACAGCUUAUUGUAGAAUACUACCUACACUGGACACACCACGUUUGAGAUAUCUUUUUCAGGUAGUUCAGACACAAACCACGACAGCUUAUUGUAGAAUACUACCUACACUGGACCACCAUGUUUGAGAUAUCUUUUUCAAGUAGUUCAGACACAAACCACGACAACUUAUUGUAGAAUACUACCUACACUGGACCAACACGUUUGAGAUAUCUUUUUCAGGUAGUUCAGACACAAACCACGACAGCUUAUUGUAUAAUACUACCUACAGUACACUGGACCACCACGUUUGAGAUAUCUUUUUGAGGUAGUUCAGACACAAUCCACGAAUAAUUUGUCAUGAAUAUUUUAGUUUAAUAGUUCCUACUGAUAGAUUGUGCAUUAUAAAGAGCGGAUUUUUUGCUAUUCCAGUUGUACAGUGUCUCUAAACUUUUGGUUCGAAGAUGAUCUAUCACAAAGGAUGUUCUCUAAGAUCGAAGACAGCGGUUCCUCCAAAAAUCCGUCAAUACUGACACCCGCAGAAGACAUGGCGUUCAAAAGGCAUGUUGAAAGCAUAGUCUAUAAUAUGACAAAGAGUACGGAAAAGGUUAGUUAGAGAUUUAUAUGGAGGCCCACGGAGGGUCUAUCGGAGUUUCACGGGUCAUUUAUGGGUGUCGCCCUCCACCCCCUCCUAUUUGAUGUGUAAGGGGGCACCAUCUAUUUUGGUUUUUCUAAGAACUUUUCACUAUUGUCUUUUAAUUGCUUAAGCCUGAUUUUUUGCUGUGUUGGUGUAAUGUACUCAGGUGAAUAUGAUGCUUGUGAUGUUACUCUGAGUGUAUAUCCACACCGGGCAAGCUUGAAAAAUAUGCCUGUCCACGGUGGGAAUCGAACCUACGACCUUUGGUGGAAUACUAGCCCAAGGCUCUGGUUUCCAUGUGAUCGUACUGGUCGUAGAAAUUGAGUCGCGAUCUUUCUCAACGGCCACUUUAUAAUAGUUUAUACCUGUAAAUCAUAAGUAUUCUCCGGUUAUAAUCACUCCGCGUAUCAGUUCUACAAUGUUGUAUUUCGGCUGAUGAGAAAGUUACGUUACGACCAUAUGGAAACCAGUCUUAAAGGCGGAUUUCGAUUCAGUGCAGAAUGUCGCACUAUCGAUUUUUUGCGAUCGCUUUCUUUUGAAAUGUGUGCAGUCGACUACAGCUAAUAAUGAUAUUUGUUCCGCUUCACUGUUUGUAUUUCAAAAGAAAGCGAUCGCAAAAAGUCGACCCCACAACAUUUUCCACUGAAUGGAAAUCCGCCUUUAAGUAGAAACCAUAGAUCUCUUACUGUAUAUAUACACUAGAUAGCGCAUCUCCUUUAGUAAAAUUGAAGUCAAGAAUAUUCCUAACGGUUACCUCCAUUUGAAUAGAUGGCGGCCAUGUUGGUGUUUACCACUCGCUAAUAAACGCUUAAAAAACAACAAUAACUUCCACCAUUUGAAUAGUUUAAAAAUGUAUUUGGAAUAGGUUUAACUUAUCUAUGGUAGCAACCUAUAUUGCUGUUUAAAGGCUGGUUUAAACAAUCAAAGCUUUUGUGAUUACAGUAGGAAUUUUGCAUCGGAAAAUUUAAAGUUUUGAAAGAUUUGUAAGAAACGUUUGUAAGGAAGUGUCUCAGUUAGUUGCCUUUAAUAACUCCCAACAUUUCUGAAAUUCUACUGCCUUCUAACUGCCGACAAAACCCUCACAAAUUGUGAGAUUUUAAUCUAAUAUCUCUUUUGUUUUUCUUUUAAUUAAGGUGCGAGAAAUAUUUGAAGAGAUUUUAAGUGGCAGAUUUGGAGAAUGAACGAUUACUGUUAAUAUGUUAAAGCAUGUAGACGUAUUUAAAUAAAGUCCGGUUCAAA